AUGCGUGCUUUUGCUAGUGCUUUAGCAGUUUUGGUCUGUGCUAUUUGGUGUGUAGAAGCAGGAUACAGCCAUGGAGGCGAUUUCAGCAGCGGAGGAGGCGGUGGUGACUUCGGAGGACACGGAGGCGGUGGUGGUGGUGACUAUGGUGGUUCCAUCCACGAGUCCCAUGCUAUUCCUGUAAGCCAACAUAUUGAAAUCACAAAACCAGUAGCCGUGCCAGUUUACAAGCACAUCCAUGUACCAGUGCCAAAACACGUUGAAGUCAAAAUUCCUCAUCCAGUUUUAGUACCUGUUCCUCAGCCUUACCCAAUCCACGUGCCAGUUUCCCAAGCUGUUGCUGUUCCAGUGGAGAAAAUAAUCACAGUUCCCGUUGAGAAGAUUGUACCUUACCCAGUAGAGAAGAAGAUUCCUUAUCCAGUUGAGAAGCACAUUCCAGUACCAGUGGAGAAACAUGUACCAUACCACGUACCAGUUCCAGUACCAGUCAAGGUACCCAUCUACAAAACCAUUGUCCACGAGUCCAAGAAACACGGAUGGGAAUAA